CAAUACAAAUAGGACACAUAACACACAGCAAUGAGAGCACGGUCAUGUACCUAAAAGAAAAGCUUGGGACAGGUCUUAGCCCCGAGAGGUCCAUCAAUCUUUUCCACUGCCUCAAUGAAAUGAACGACCACUCUCUUAUCAAGGAAAUCCAAACAUACCUUCACUCUGGACAACUUUCAGUUGAGGUACUUUCAAAUGCGCAGUGGUCGGCUCUGGUCUUUGUGCUGCUCACCAGUGAUGAAGGACUGGAGGUUUUUGACUUGAGAAAAUUCUUCAAAUCAGAUGAGUGUCUUUUCAAGCUUCAUCCUGUUAUCAAAGCCAGUCGGAUUGCCAUAUUGUCAACAUGUAAACUGACGAAGAAAAGCUGUUCAGCUUUGGCUUCUGUUCUCGAGUCCAAUCCCAAUGUCCUGAGAGAACUGGACCUGAGUUUCAAUGACCUUGGAGACAAGGGGGUGAAAAGUCUCUGCUCUGGACUGAGGAGUCCACACUGCAAACUACAGACACUAAAACUUGAGUUUUGUGGACUCAGAAGAGACAGCUGUUCAGCCCUUGUUGCUGCUCUUACAUCAAACCCAUCACAUCUCAAGGAGCUGGACCUGAGCUACAAUAACAUUGGAAAUGAAGCAGCAACCUGGCUUUUGGGUUUAGUGCCAGACUGUGAACUGGAGACUCUAAGACUUUCAAGCUGUGGGAUCACAAAGGAAGCCUGUGCUUUCCUCACAUCUGCUCUGAGUUCAAAACCCUGCCAACUUAAGAAACUGGACCUAAGUGAUAAUAGACUUUGGGACUUAGGAGUUGGGAUGUUUUCUGGUUUACUUGCAGACCCAAACUGUAACCUCGAAGAGUUGAGAUUAGAGAGAUGUAAUUUUACAUCUAAAAGUUGUGGUCUGGGUCUGGAGAACUCUCGUCUCAGAGCUCUAGAUCUUUCUGACAAUGAUGUGCAGGAUUCUGGGAUGAAGCUCACUGAAGGAUCCAUCCUGUAAACUUGAGAAAUUAAGGCUGUCGUCUUGCAGACUGACAGAUAAAGGUUUCUCAUCUCUGGCUUCAGCUCUGAGAUCAAACCCCUCCAGCCUAAAAGAGCUCGAUUUGAGCAAAAAUUUCCCAGGAUGCACUGGAAUAAUGCAGCUUUUUACAGUCCUUAGACAAAACUCUGCUCUUGAAAAGCUCUGUCUGGACUCUUGUGAACUCACUGCAGAUAUGUGCGGUUUAGCAGCUACAGGUCUGAGCCAAAGCUUAAACCUAAAAGAGUUGAACCUAAGCAACAACAACCUUAAAGAUCAAGGUGUUCGGCUGCUCUGUCUUGGACUACAGGAAGGCAGUUGUGCAAUGAAGUCUUUAAAAUUAUCCAACUGUGGUCUCACUGACAGCAGCUGUCAAUACUUGGCUUCAGUUCUUAGUUGUCAGUCCAUAUCUGUUGAGCUGGACCUGAGCAGAAAUGCCAUCAGCCAGCAGAUAGAGCAGUUUCUGAGUUCUAUAUCAAACAUCAAUCUUUUAUUCUAGUUUACAUGCAAGUGUUGUUUCACAUUUUUACAGGUGAAUUGGAAGGUAAAGGAUCUUCAGCGAGUCGUGGAGACUGUAGAUGUUAAUGUAUGGUUGCUGGUGGAAAAUGUGUUAAUGAAAUGGAUUAGAAUGUAAAAAGAAUGGAAUGAGUCUAAAAACGGCAUAUGCUACAGUUUGUGCUGCAAUUUCAUUGUAUCAUGUCUUCAUUGUUGAUUGUGUAGUGUGCAAUUGCUUUGGGAAAUGUGUGAGCUCACUGAGGAGGUGUGUCUUUCAAGUGGGUGGUUAAAAACUCUCUCCACUAGUAAAUAAGGAAUGCUGAAAGAUCACAGCACACAUCUUGGAGAAAUGAACUCAUUCAGAGAGACUGAUGAACGGAGAGGGAUGGAGACAGACAGAAGCUUGAGGAUAGAUAAAGAGAAGUCAUAGAGAGUGACAGCAGGUGUAGAAGGAGAGAUGAUUAUGCCUUAUAUAUAUCUUCUGCAAACGUUGGGCUAAUUCAUGGAUGUACAGAAAG